AUGCCUGAAGACGACUUCGAUAUUUAUGGUGAAGACGAAGGUUUCAACCCUAACAAAGUCGUUGAGUCGAUGGAGGACACGCAAGAUUUUGCUAUUAAAACCGAACAUGACAGUGAACAACGCUCGAGCUCUCCCGUCGCGGGAGAGAAGAGACAGAGAGAGGAAGAUGAUUCCGAGCAGCAGCGGUCCAAUGGGAACCACACUGCUCAGUUCGACGUGGCUAAGCCUGAGUCAGAUGGCAAGCCUGCGAUAUCGUCGGGCGCAAAGAGUCCUAGUGGCAAUCCUAGUAGCAAUCCUGGGCAGGGAAUGUCCAACGGAAGUCAAUCAGUAAAUGGGGGAGGCGCUGGACAGGGGGCUUUUGACGCGUUGUACAUUGGAGAUUUGCAAUGGUGGACGACUGAUGAGGAUGUGCGUCAAGUCGCUCUCAACGUCGGCGUUACGCUCGACCACAAGGACAUUACCUUCUCCGAGCAUAAAGUAAACGGGAAAAGCAAGGGGAUGGCAUACGUCGAAUGUCACAACUGUGAUCACGCAGCAGCCCUUAAAAACUGGUUUGACAACAAUGACUUCCAGAACCGCCGUGCAACUGUGAGCUUUACGAGUACGGCACAAGGCAAUCCCUUCCGCACUCUUCCCAAAGAACCGCCUCCGCGUGAGAUGCGCCAUCAAGGGCAAAGUGGCACGCCCAUCCCCUCUGGUGCCCCAAGUGGAAAUGCCGGACGCGGCGGUGGGAACUUCCGAGGGGGCAUGAAUAACCAGAUGGGCAUGAACAACAUGAUGAACAUGGGCAUGCGCGGCGGAGGCAUGAUGAAUGGAGGCAUGAUGCGGGGUGGAAUGCCCAACAUGAUGGGCAUGGGCAUGGGUGGCAUGGGUGGCAUGGGCGGUGGUUUCGUUGGGAACAACAUGGGCGGGGGUGGUGGUUUUGGUGGUGGCCGCGGCGGAGGUAUGAUUCCUCAAGGCCCGCGAGGGGCUAUGAUGGGUAACACGGGUUAUGGCGGCCGAGGUGGCGGCAUGAUGGGAGGGAUGGGUAUGAUGCCAAUGGGAGGCAGGGGCGGGUUCGCCAAUGUCCAAGGACAUUUCAACCCUGCGUUCAUGCAGGGCGGUGGCGGAGGACAGUUUGGACCAGACGGACCAAGGAAGAGAUUCAAAAUGGAGGAGGGCGGUCAGUAA